GCUUUCGCAGCGUGCGCAUCUCGUGACCGGCACUUUUUUGCUCAGUGUAUUCCAGCCGAGAGUUUACCAAACAAACCAACCAAACAAACAACCAACGAACGCUUAAAUCCGCACAUAAACCGCAUUUCGAUCCGAUUCGGUGAGACGAUGUCGUUGCUGCUGCUCCUUUUGGCCGUCGUCCUGCCGCAGCGGCAGCUCCUGCCCUUCGUAUCCGGCGGGUCCUGCCGGGAGGCGCAGCUCUGCUGCAACGGCCGCGACUCGUCCUGCGUCGUCCAGAAGGCCCCCAUCAACGCCAUCAUCGAGGACCUCAGCGACAAGCCCUGCUACUGCGACCACGCCUGCCUCAAGCUCGGCGAUUGCUGCGACGACUUCAAGGAUCACUGCGGAGUGCUGGACUGCCAGGUGGGCGAUUGGGGCGCCUGGAGUGAGUGCGACCGGAGUUGCGGCACGGGAAUGAUGACGCGGAACAGGCAGAUCCUGCAGGCGGCCCAGAAUGGUGGCAAGCACUGCCCCACGCUGCAGCAGAAGCGGAGUUGCCAGGGAUACCGCUGCCAUGGACACCACGACAAGAAGAUACUGCGAGAAAUGGCCCUUCUUCUGCCAGCUGCCCUUUCCCAUGCUCAUCACAAUGCCACCGAAAGUGGCGACUUGCGGCGCAAUCUGCGCACGCGCUACCGCGACGCCUACAAACACAACCACGAUCAGGAAUAUUGCGUGGAAUUCGAGGUACUCAAAUCAUCUAAAGCCUGCCACAAGCUGCCGCCCUACAAUCUGAUGGCAGAAGGCGAUCGCAUCACGGUGCGCUGUGACCUCGAGGCGUUGAUCCAAGACUCGGCCGGCAGCUCCACCACCGCCAGGACACCCCAAGGCCCCACCACGCCGUCCACGAGCACUGUUGCAUCCGCUGUUGCAUCCGCCUUCGGCCAGCGGACGGAUGACCUGGAGGAGGAGCACCAGCAGCGGGAGACCAGCAGCGACGAGGAGACGACCAACCAGGAAGGCGAGGCGGAGGCGGAGGAGGAGGAAGAGGAGCCGGAGCAGGAUGAGCAGGAUGAUCUGCAGAAUGCCCUGGACUCGGACAGCAACGAGAGCACCGACUACCAUCACCAGCGGCACUCGCAGAUGUCGCAGCAGUCGCAAAUGGCACACAGCCGGCGGACAGCGGGAAAGCGCAGCGCCGUGCCGGCCACGCCCUCGCCCACGCUGGCGCCCACCUACCACUGCCGGGGGGAGGGGCUGGCCGGGCGCACGACACGCUGGAGCGCGCUGCCGGCGCCGUCGUGCCGCGGCAAGUGGCUCCGCCUGACCGUCGGUCCGCCCAAGAAGUGCGGCCACGCCCAGUUCAUCUUCGUCUAAGCUGUCGCCCGGUCAAGUGCGGUGAUCAUUUUUUUUUCUCCGUGUAGUUUAUGGUGUACGGUCUCCCCCCACUCAUCAUAUCAUAUCAUAUCACCCGCGCCCCCCCUUCCCCUGCCACGCCCACGCCCCCCGCCCACUUCCGGCCCAAAAUAAAUAAAGUACCCCAUCGUAUGUAAGCGUUUAAACAUUAAGCCAGUGGAUUAAGCAGAUCAUAGCAUAUGUAUGCAUGUGUGGUGAGGUCAGGAUUUUUUUUUUGUUUGUCUUGCUAGAGAAAGGAUGCGGAUAAUAAGGACACACUGCCAGUGAAAUAUAGGGAAUAUGUGAAGGAAUAUCGGACAAUUCCGAGGUUUUAAGGGGUUCUACCAAUUUGAUUGCAAUGAUUACUUGUGAAAUGAAUCUAGAAAUGAACAACUUUUAAAAUAACACAACAGUGCUACGAUUUUUAACAAACUUUCGAACUUUAAACUGUAAGAACUGCCCCACAAACAGGAUAUUCAUCAUAUAACCAUAUUGACAUCACGGCUGCUGUGGACUUCCUUCGGGGAUCAUUUCUCUAACUAGUUUAGGAAACACAACUCAAUAUACAUGUGUGCUGGGAAUCUGCAAAGAAGCUCGCAUCUCGGAUCUCGGAUCGGAUAAUACUAGAAACUAGGGACUAAGUCAUCAAAUACCGCAUAACAUCUACAGUGAACAUGGAGUCGGGCUGCGUAGUGAAGAAACCUAUAUAUAUAUAAAUAUAUAUAAUAUAUAUAUAUAAGUAUAUAUAUGUGGAUGUGCAUGAGUGUAUCUGUCUAAUCGUUAGUUCCCCCGACUCGCAAGCAUAUAGCAUACACACAUUCUACACAUACAUACAUACUAUACAUACAUAUAAAAUACACUUGUCAAAAUCAAGUGUUCGAGGCCCACAAUAUUUGGUUACCCAACUGGCAGACAACCUGAUCUGGAGUCGGAAUUAACGUUUGGAUCUUAGCAUUAAUCUGGAUUUUAGGUACACACGAAUGUCGAAGUAAUUAUUAUAAUUAUAA